AUGUCCCUAGCUGGUGCUGAAACAGAACCGGUUAUCCCGAUUGGCAAUGGCAUUUUGGUUUGCUUUCUGUCGUGUUCUCCAUCGCCCUGCAAACAAGGCGGAACAUGCGUCAGCAAACCGAAUGGAGGAUCCUACUGCAACUGUACGACGAAAACCACCGGUGAAUUUUGUGAAUUUUCCAACCCGUGUCACAUCGGGAGCGGGCCGCGUUGCCAGAACGGGGGCACCUGCGAGGUGACGUUUCGCGACGGUCGACCGUCGUUUUCGUGCCGUUGUCCGAUCGGGUUUACCGCGAGUUUGUGCGAGAUUCCGGAGAAGAACGCGUGUGAUUCGUCGCCGUGCAACAACGGGGGCACGUGCAAGCUGAAGACGCUCAACGACUACGUGUGUCUGUGCGCGAAUGGGUACUCGGGAAAAUUUUGUGACAAACAGAAUCUGUGCGCCUCGUCACCGUGCCGGAACGGGGGGACCUGCACUCCGGGGCCCAACGGGCAACCGAAGUGCGCCUGUCCCAAGGGCUUCAAGGGCCCAACCUGUUCCGAGGACAUCGAGGAGUGCAUCAAGAGCCCGUGUGCAAACGGGGGCAAAUGUGUCAACACCCACGGAUCCUACCAAUGCAUGUGUGAGCCCGGCUACACCGGAAAGAACUGCGAAUCACGCUACAUACCGUGCUCGCCGUCGCCGUGCCAAAACGGAGGCACCUGCAAGCAGUCAACGAAGUUCUCCUACGAAUGCAAGUGCCCACCAGGUUUCCAGGGCAAGAACUGCGAGGAGAAUAUCGAUGACUGUCCGGGUAAUAUGUGCCAAAAUGGGGGCACCUGCGUGGACGGGGUCAAUGCCUAUCACUGCAAGUGUCCGCCGACCUUUAGCGGCGAGUACUGCGAAUCGGACGUGGACGAGUGCGUUCAACAGCCGACGAUCUGCAAAAACGGGGCGACCUGUACCAACACCCACGGCGGCUACAACUGCAUCUGCGUAAACGGAUGGAACGGACCGGAUUGUAGCAACAACAUCGACGAUUGCGUGGACGCGGCCUGUUUCAAUGGGGCGACCUGUAUAGAUGGAGUCGGAAGCUUCUACUGCCGGUGUACGCCCGGCAAGACUGGACUCCUGUGCCAUCUGGAUGACGCCUGUACCUCGGACCCGUGUCAUGCGGACGCCAUCUGUGACACUAGUCCGAUCAAUGGGUCAUUCACCUGCUCCUGCGCAAUGGGCUACAAGGGCAUCGACUGUUCCGAGGACAUCGACGAGUGUGAUCAAGGAUCUCCGUGCGAGCACAACGGCAUCUGCGUCAACACGCCGGGAUCGUUCGCGUGCAACUGUACCCAGGGCUUCACCGGACCCCGCUGCGAAACCAACGUCAACGAGUGCGAAUCGCAUCCGUGCCAGAACGAGGGCAGCUGCCUGGACGAUCCGGGCACCUUCCGCUGCGUCUGCAUGCCAGGUUUCACCGGAACGCAGUGCGAGAUCGACAUCGACGAGUGUGCCACCAAGCCAUGUCUGAAUGGAGGUAUCUGCCGGGAUCUGAUCAAUUCGUUCAAGUGUACCUGUGCGAUCGGGUUUACCGGGUUGCGGUGUCAGAUCAAUAUUGACGAUUGUUUGUCGCAGCCGUGCCGGAACGGGGGGAUCUGUCACGAUUCGAUUGCCGGUUAUACGUGCGAGUGUCCUCCGGGGUAUACGGGGAUGUCCUGUGAAACGAAUAUCAACGAUUGUCAGUCGAAUCCUUGCCAUCGGGGUGUCUGUAUCGAUGGAGAUAAUUCGUUCAGCUGCCAGUGUAACCCAGGUUAUACUGGGUACCUUUGCCAGAUUCAGAUCAACGAAUGCGAAUCGAACCCUUGCCAGUUUGGAGGACACUGUGAGGAUUUGGUCGGUGGAUACAUCUGCAGGUGCCAACCGGGAACUUCUGGUCCGAAUUGUGAAGUUAAUGUGAACGAGUGCCAUAGUAAUCCGUGCCGACAUGGAGCCAAGUGUAUCGAUGGUAUUAACCGGUACACCUGUCAGUGUGUUCCUGGAUUUACGGGAACGCAUUGUGAGACGAAUAUCAACGAAUGUGCCUCGGAUCCUUGUGCCAAUGGUGGAGUUUGUAUGGAUUUGAUCAACGGAUUCCGGUGCGAAUGUCCGAGGGGAUACUUCGACGCUAGAUGUUUGAGCGAUGUUGACGAAUGCGCUUCGAAUCCGUGUAUUAAUGGAGGUCGAUGUGAGGACGGAGUCAACCAGUUUAUCUGUCACUGUCCACCUGGUUAUGGAGGUCGUCGCUGUGAAACGGAUAUCGAUGAAUGUAGUUCAAACCCAUGCCAGCACGGAGGAAUCUGUAGAGAUGGUCUAAACUCGUACACUUGUCAAUGCAUGCCGGGGUAUUCGGGACGAAAUUGUGAAAUCAACAUCGACGAUUGCGUCAACAACCCGUGCCGUAAUGGAGGCUCUUGCAUUGAUCUGGUCAACGGGUACAAAUGUGUGUGUAGGGUUCCGUUCACCGGCCGUGAUUGUGAGUCGCAGAUGGAUCCGUGUCUACCGAAUCGUUGCCGUAAUGGAGCCAAAUGUUCACCGAGUCCAAAUUAUCUGGAUUUCUCGUGCAGCUGUACCUUGGGAUACACCGGUAGACUUUGCGAUGAAGACAUCAAUGAGUGUGCUCUUUCGUCACCAUGCCGCAACGGCGCUACUUGUAGAAAUACCAACGGCUCUUAUCAAUGUCUGUGCGCUAAAGGUUACGAAGGUCGGGACUGCACGGUGAACACCGACGAUUGCGCUUCCUUCCCUUGUCAAAACGGAGGAACCUGUUUAGAUGGAAUUGGAGACUAUACUUGCUUGUGCGUGGAUGGUUUCGAAGGUAAACACUGCGAAGUAGACGUUAACGAAUGCCUCUCGAUGCCUUGUCAACAUGGAGCAACUUGUACCCAGUACGUCAAUUCGUAUACUUGUACCUGUCCUCUUGGGUUCAGUGGUAUGAAUUGUCAAACUAAUGACGAAGAUUGUACGGAAAGCUCUUGCAUGAAUGGCGGAACCUGUAUCGAUGGUAUCAACAGCUAUAACUGUUCCUGUCAGACGGGAUUCACGGGGUCGAAUUGUCAGUACAAGAUCAACAAGUGUGACUCGCAACCUUGUCGCAAUGGAGCUACUUGCUACGAUUAUGACAACGAUUACACCUGCCACUGUUCGUACGGAUACACCGGUAAGCAGUGUAUGGACUACGUAGAUUGGUGUUCGCAAUCGCCGUGUGAAAAUGGAGCCACCUGUACCCAGCGGGAGAACGUCUUCCAAUGUACUUGUGGUCCUGGAUGGACCGGGAAACUGUGUGACGUUCAGAUGGUUUCCUGCAAGGACGCAGCCAUGCGCAAAGGACGGGAUCCAAAAACGCUUUGCAAUAACGGAACUUGUGAAGAUUUCGGCAACUCUCACCGCUGUCACUGCCAAAAUGGAUAUACCGGGUCGUACUGUCAAAAGGAGAUCAACGAAUGCGAAAGCCAACCAUGUCGGAAUGGAGGCCACUGCAAAGAUCUGAUCGGCUCGUACAAGUGCAUCUGCAAGAAGGGUUUCCAGGGUCAGAACUGUGAGCUGAACAUCGACGAAUGCAAACCGAACCCGUGCCGCAACGGCGGUAUCUGCCACGAUCUCAUCGACGACUACAAGUGUUCGUGUCCACCGGGAACGCUGGGUGUACUGUGCGAAAUCAACACCGACGAUUGCGUUCCGGGGGCUUGCCACAACAAUGGAAGCUGUAUCGAUAAGGUGGGUGGAUUCGAGUGUCGCUGUCCCCCUGGUUUUGUUGGAUCCCGUUGCGAGGGAGACAUCAACGAAUGCUUGUCGAACCCGUGUUCCAAUCCGGGAACACUGGAUUGCGUCCAAUUGGUAAACGAUUACCACUGCAACUGCAAGCCGGGUCACAUGGGACGUCACUGUGAGAUUAAGGUCGAUUUCUGUGCCAAUUCCCCCUGUUUGAACGGAGGUCGUUGCUCGACGCGUCAAUCUGGUCACCACUGCGUGUGCGCCGAUGGAUACUACGGUAAGAACUGCGAGUUCAGUGGACAUGAUUGCGAUUCGAACCCGUGCAUCAACGGGUUGUGCCAGAUUGCCGACGGAGGUGGUUAUCGAUGCGAGUGUCCGCUGGGUACCAGUGGUAUCAAUUGUGAGAAUGACAUCUUGGAUGAGUGUACUUCGAGCCCAUGUGAGCGAGGUGCUGCUUGUCAGAACAAACUAGGUGACUUCGAGUGCUUCUGUCCUCCCAAAUGGGCCGGUAAGACCUGUAAUCUGUAUGAUCCGAUGUUCAAGGGUUGGUUUGAGAGUGCCAGCAAGAAGAAGGGUAUCUUGAAUACGUAUGCCAUUGAUUUGGAAUACCAGCGGGCUCAAUGCGUUAAGAAGGGUUGCCGAGAGAAGCAGGGUAAUCACAGGUGUGACGAAGAGUGUAACACCUACGCUUGUGAUUUCGAUGGAAACGAUUGUUCAUUGGGUAUCAACCCUUGGCUGAAUUGUACCGCUAGCAUCAAUUGCUGGGAGGUGUUCAUGGAUGGAUUCUGUAACGAGGAAUGUAACAAUGCCCAGUGUCUAUUUGAUGGAAGGGACUGCGAGAAGAAGUUGCAACCUUGUAAUCCGGUUUAUGAUGCGUACUGUCAGAAGCACUACGCCAACGGCUUCUGUGACUACGGUUGUAACAAUGCUGAAUGUAACUGGGACGGUUUGGAUUGUGAAAACGAAAAGGAACCGGCACAACUGGCCGAAGGUGCCAUAUCGAUCAUCUUGUUGAUGGAUCUGGAGACGUUUAGAAAAACAUCCGUACAGUUCCUCCGUGAUCUAGGUCAUCAGUUGAGAACCACGGUAAGAAUAAAGAAGAACAAUGCUGGAAUGGAAAUGAUUUUCCCGUGGAAGGGUGGGACCGCUCUUCAGGGAUUAGCUGAGAGUGAAUUUGGAAGGAAACACCACGUUGUUUACACCGAAACACGUCAAACUGGUAUUCAGGUAAUUUUGGAGUUGGACAACCGUAAGUGUAUUGGUUCUAUUGAGGCGGAAUGUUUCGGAACCGCGAAUGAAGCGGCUGAGUUCUUGGCAGCUACGGCUUCGAAGCACUCGCUCUCCAAACAGUUCCCCAUUUAUCAAGUUAGGGGAGUUAAUCCGGAUGAUGAUGGUCUUCCUGAAUCUACCAACUCUACCUAUGUUCUGGUUGGGUUCUUCAUCGGUUUGCUGUUGUUUGCUUUCUGCGGAGUACUCGUUGCGAAUCGCAAACGUGCUCAUGGAGUCACCUGGUUCCCGGAAGGCUUCUUCACAACUAAUACUAACGUGCGUAGACCUUCGAGACGUCGCCCGGAUGGUCAGGAGAUGCGAAAUUUGAACAAAAAUCCCUCGAUGGUGGACAUGUCGAAUGGCCAUAUGGGUCACUCGCAGCAAUGGUGCAACAGCGAUGAUGAAUCGGAAAUGCCGCAACCUAAACGUUUGCGGGCUAUCGAUCAGGGUUAUUCGAGCGAUCAUACGGCCAUUACGGACUACGAAGAAACGGAACCACGAGUAUGGGCGCAACAACACUUCGAAGCGGCCGAUAUCCGAGAUCAUCCAGCCAUGAUGACUCCACCGACGCAUCACGAUGGUGGUCACAACGAUGUGGAUGUUCGUGGACCUUGUGGAAUGACUCCGUUGAUGGUGGCCGCCGUUCGAGGGGGUGGAAUGGAUUCCGGUGAGGAUAUUGAUCAGACGGACGAUUCUACGGCGCAGAUUAUUUCCGAUUUGGUGGCUCAAGGCGCAGAAUUGAACGCCACAAUGGACAAGACUGGCGAAACUUCACUGCAUUUAGCGGCUCGGUAUGCUCGAGCGGAUGCCGCUAAACGACUAUUGGAUGCUGGAGCUGAUGCAAACUGUCAAGAUAACACCGGUAGAACUCCGUUGCAUGCUGCCGUAGCUGCUGACGCUAUGGGUGUGUUCCAGAUUUUGUUGAGGAACCGAGCUACGAAUUUGAACGCCCGCAUGCAUGACGGUACGACUCCACUGAUUUUGGCCGCUCGUUUAGCGAUCGAAGGAAUGGUUGAAGAUCUGAUCACGGCUGACGCGGAUAUCAAUGCUGCAGACAACAGUGGAAAGACUGCUCUUCAUUGGGCUGCGGCUGUUAACAACGUUGAUGCUGUCAACAUUCUGCUAACUCAUGGUGCCAAUCGAGAUGCUCAGGAUGAUAAGGACGAAACCCCACUGUUCCUGGCAGCUCGAGAAGGAUCGUUUGAAGCUUGUAAAGCUCUGCUGGACAACUUUGCUAACCGGGACAUUGCCGAUCAUAUGGACAGACUGCCAAGGGACGUUGCCAGCGAGCGGAUACAUCAGGAUAUCGUGAGGUUGUUGGAUGAACACGUGCCACGAAGCCCACAGAUGGUGACGACGAUCCCCAACACUAUUAUGUCUCCGACUACGCAUCCACACCUCAUCACGCAUCCUACCAUCAUCGCCUCGACGAAGCAGAACAAGCAGAAGAAACGGGCCAAGAUGAACGGUGGCAUGCAGGGUAUUCAGAACCCUAAUAGUCCCGAAAAUGAUGGAAGUAUCCGACGAAAGGCCGUUGCCAAGAAGCCUAACGGCAGUGCGAAGAAGAACAACAACCUUGUUGGUGAUAUGCAAAUCCCCGAGGAUCAACUAAGUUCGGUGGAAUCGCCGCUGGCCAACAUCCCCAGUCCCUACGAUACGGUCAGCCUGUACUCGAAUGCGAUGGCCGUGCACCAGAUGGACACCAUGCCGAGUGGCAACAAGAAGCCACCGAGUUACGAAGACUGUAUUAAGAGUGCUCAAUCUAUGCAGUCGCUACACAACCUGAACCUGGACAACUACGGCUACUCCAUGGGAGGAGGGGCGGCUGGCAACGGAAACACCCCGUUCCAGGACCUGUUGAUGAACCAGCGAAGCGCAGGUGGUCAGGCCGCGGCCAACAUGCUACACGCAAUGCACAUGGGCGAGAGCGGGCUGAGUCCGCCCUACUCGAACCAAUCGCCGCCGCAUUCGGUGCAGAGCAAUCUGGCCCUAUCACCGCAAGGUUAUAUUGGGUCGCCAUCUCCUGCCAAGACGCGACCAAGUCUGCCAACGUCUCCGACACAUAUCCAAGCGAUGAGACAUGCCCAGCAGCAGAAACAUGGUGCAGCACAAAUGAUCUCCAAUGGAAGCUUACAGCAGCAACAGCAACAGCAGCAGCAGCAACAACAACAGCAACAACAGCAGCAGCAACAGAGUAGUAGUAUAGGCUGUGGUGGACAGCAACAAAGCAGUAGUAGUAACAAUAGCAAUAGUGCAAUGCUGGCUAGCCUGCAGAUGAACUUCGUCAACGGUUCCACCGGACUGGAACUAGCCGGAUUCUGUAGUCCCACAGGUCAAGGAUCUCAAUCGUCGAAUCCGGCCAACAUUGCGUCGCCAUCGAGUUCGACCAUGUCGUCGUCGCACCUGUCGCCGAUGUCCUCGGCGUCGGCCCACGGCGGCCAACAGUCGACCCUGAACAGUCAGCAGUCGUCGUUCUAUCAGUAUCUGACGCCGCCGAGUCAGCACAGCGGUGGCGUGACGCCGCAGCACCUGGUCCAGACGCUGGACAGCUACCCGACGCCAUCGCCGGAAUCGCCCGGCCACUGGUCUAGUUCCUCGCCUCACUCUACCUCGGACUGGUCCGAGGGUGUCCACUCACCGGCCGCCGCCAACAUGAACGUGUACGUGACGAGUGCGGCUCCCGGUGGCCACCAAGCCAACAAAGGUUCGGAAGCCAUCUACAUCUGAUGAUGAGAGCGGUAGGCAGUGGACACGCGUCUUCCGAAACCUAGCAAGUGCCUCGUCCUACAGCUUCAUUACUGUACAGAGCGUCCCAUUCCCUCCGAAGUUGCUAUCUAACGGGUGUCACGUAAAAAGCGAUAAGUUCCGAUUGUAGGAACGGAUCUAGACACCCACACACAUACACAGACACAAGCACAUUCGGAGCGCGAUAGUGAUAAUUUAUUGGUUAAUUUAACUAAUUCUAGUAGCAUGUAAUUGUUACAAAAAAGACUUCCACUCAGCAAACAAACAAAUCGAAAAACUUGCGUGCUCUUUUACGAAGUGGAUUGCGUAAAAUUUUAAAAUGCAAGUUUAUGUGUGCGUAAAAUGUGUGAAUGAGUUAUGUAUGUGCGAUUUUUUUUAAAAGAAAGUUUUAUCAGGAGGAACCAGAGCCAUUCCUCAGUAUUUUAAAACUGUAGAUUCCUUGCUUGAACAGACGCAAUUAAGGAUAAAAUUUUUAUUAGAAAUUUUAUUAUUAAAAGACAGAUUGUUUUAGCAGAAAAAGACAAAACAAAAUGUACAAUAUACUUAUAAAUAUAUUAAUUUUUAAAAGCAGAAAUAGUAGGUAAUAACUCGGAGUAUUUUCGAACGAAAUUGCGCUAAAGAAACGGAACAUCCAUUGUAACGUUAAAUUAUUGAUACAGGAAACAAACGUUUCGCGACUUUUUCGCGGUCAUAUUACAAGUUAAUUCCUCUGUAAAAAGCAUAAAAUGACACAGAAAAACACUCAAACGAAAUGGUCUGAUUUUAAGUUAGGGUUAAAAGCCACAAAUGUGCUCCAUUUAUAUGAAAAUGAAAAAAAACAAUUCAGGAAGGUAGCCUUGUGAAGGAAGAGUUGUUUUCUUUGAAAACAGCAAAAUUUCUUUCGACAACUUAACGCAAAAAUUAAGAACCCCGUUCUGUGUAGAUGUUGUAAAUAGUCAAAAGUAUAGAAAUAUACGUUUUAUUGAAAUUAUUGUAAUAUUUUAUUGAGAAUCUUUUUAAAACAAAAAAUUAAAGAAAACUGAUUAUAGCAUAUAGAAGAGCGCCGCGUUGUAGAAGCGGACACAUUUUUAACUAGCGCAACUAGUGUAGUAAAUAAAUAAAAAAAAACAUUAUGUUCUCUUUCUCGAUAACUUUUGUCCCCACCUACGAGGCAAAUAUGUUCACACGAAAGUUAAACUCUCUAAAAAGAAUUUCCUCCAACAACUGUUGUUAAAAAAAAGUGUAACAAGAAACACGACCAAGUCAAACUGUAGCAAGGAAAAAAAAACGAAAGAAUCUCAUAACUAAUUAUGUAUAGACAACCAGUGAAAAUCAAACUAUCAAUUUGCAAUAAUACACACCCUCAUAUUUCAGAAAA